GGUGCUCCGGCUCCGACCAACAGAGAGGCGCAGCAGCGGAGACACGCAGCCCGCCCUCCUGCUUCCUCCAGCGGUGCAACAUUCAACUUUCUGCCCGGCACACUCGACAUGAGCGGCUUCUGAAGGUACAGCAUCUUUCGGCGCACCAGAGAAAUGAACUGAGGACGCAGAGGAGAGAACACGCGUUUCCUGAGGACAUCUGAGAUUUACAGUGAAACCAUGAGGUCGCAGAGGAGCCUGGGAGUGGUCGCCGUGCUGGGCUUGAUCAGCUGGUUUUGUGCCUUAUAUACGACUACUGCCAUUGACAUCCCACUGGAGGUUUUAGGUCAUGUAAACAUUGAGCAGCUGCCCACCAUCACAGAUCAGUCGCCCAACACUGUCAUCGCCUUCCCUUUUGACGAGAGCUUCUCCGUGACGUGCGAAGCCAAAGGGAAUCCCGAGCCAGAAUUCAGAUGGACAAAGAAUGGCGUGGAAUUUGACCCCUUCCUCGACCCCCGGUUGAUGAAAGAAGAGAAUUCUGGGACCUUUGUGAUACCCAAUAAUGGGAACCUUACAGAGUACCAGGGAAUCUAUCGCUGUUACGCUUCAAAUAAACGGGGGACCGCCAUAUCGGAGGAGAUUGAGUUCUAUGUGCCCAAUGUUCCAAAGUUUCCGAAAGAAACACUGGACCCUGUGGUGGUGGAGGAAGGCCAGGCUUUUACUUUACAGUGUGACCCACCUAAAGGAAUCCCACCUCUGCAGAUCUACUGGAUGACGAUCAAUCUUCAGCACAUAGAGCAGGAUGAGAGAGUUUCCAUGGGCCUGAACGGAGACCUUUACUUCUCUCACGCGGAGAAGAAGGACAGCAGGAGAGACUACUGCUGCUUCGCCGCCUUCCCAAGAAUACGAACCAUCGUUCAAAAGACCGCCAUGUCUGUGAUCGUCAAGACAAAAAAAAGUGACAUGAGUCCUGAAGCUGGUGAGUUGUCUAACGCCAUCCUGGAUAGACGGCCUUCUCUUCUGACGCCCUCUGGUGUCAGAUCAGAGACACAGCUGGUCAAAGGAGAGGACCUGAAAUUGGAGUGUAUUGCUGAGGGAUUUCCAACUCCUCAGGUGGAGUGGGUGAAGAUUGGCCAUCAGCUCCCUGUCAGAGCAAAACUGGAGAAUCAUGGGAAAUUGCUGAUAGUGCCGACAGUUGAACAGGAAGACAGCGGAAAGUACAUGUGCAAGGCGAAGAACCCGUUAGGAGAAACCAUCCACUACUUCACAGUGAGAGUAGAAGAGCCUCCGGAGUGGGUGUUUGAGCCCGAGAGUCAGCUUAGCAUGAUCGGCUCAGAGGUGCUCAUCAAGUGCUCCGCCAGCGGGACUCCUCAGCCGACCAUAACGUGGAGGGUGAACGGUGUACCACUGCAAAACGCUCCAGCAGCCAACAGGAAGACGCUUGAUGACACCAUCAUUUUGCAUAACGCCAAGGAGUCUGACAGUGCAGUCUACCAGUGUGAGGCCUCCAACAGGCACGGCAGCCUGCUGUCCAACGCAAACAUCAUGAUCAUGAAUCUGCCCCCCAUGAUUUUGACCAAAGAAGGGGAGGAUUACUCCGCUGUACAGGGGAAUGGAGUGAUGAUGCACUGCAGGGUCUUCAGUUCUCCUCCUUCCACAAUCACCUGGAGCAGAGACGACUCCUCUGAAUCCGUGGAGGGCCCGAGAUUAAGCGUUCACGACAACGGAUCACUGGAGAUUUACAGCGUGGAGAAAGACGACAUGGGACAGUACACGUGUUUAGCUAAAAACACAGAGGGAACGUCCGCCAUUGACGCCAUGCUCUACGUUAAAGAUCCCACCAGCAUAGUCGUGGCCCCGGAGGACCAACAGAUCCUAAUAGGUACCACGGCCCAGCUCUCAUGCCUGGCAGAGUACGACAAGUCCUUCAGCAACGACUUUCAGCUCCUGUGGGAAAAAGACGAUAUAGAGUUAACCCUCAACUACACUGAGAAUUCAAGAUACUUUGUGGAGGACGGUACUCUCCAGAUCAUCAAUGUAAGCCACAGGGACCAGGGUGUGUACAAGUGUGUGGCAAGGACUCCGGUGGACAGAGCCACGGCCUCAGCGCUGCUCAUGGUGUUAGAUGUCCCUGAUGCACCUGACAACUUGGUUCUGUCUGAACACAAGAGCAGAAGCGUGAAACUGAAAUGGUUCCCUGGGGACGAUCACAACAGCUCAACCACUGAGUUUAUUAUCGAGUACGAGGAAAGUCAGUGGGAGCCGGGAAACUGGAAGGAGCUGCUCCGAGUGCCUGGGAACCACAACUCUGCCGUCGCCCAACUCCACGGUCACGUCGACUAUUGCUUUCGAGUGUCUGGAGUCAACGCCGUUGGGAGGGGGCCUCCCAGCGAGCCCUCGGAGAGAUACAAAACCUCUCCAGCAGCCCCUGACAAGAACCCUGAAAAUAUCAAAAUCGAAGGUCAUUUGCCACAUGAAAUGGAUAUCAACUGGGAGCCCUUGUUACUCAUUGAGCAUAAUGGCCCUGGUCUAGAAUACAAGGUGAGUUACAGAAGACAGGACAUUGAGGAGGACUGGAAGGAACACGUUGUGAAGAGACACUCGUUUGUCGUGAAGAACACUCCCACCUUUGUUCCCUAUGAGAUCAAGAUCCAAGCCAAGAACCAUCAGGGCUGGGGACCUGAGCCCAAGAUACUGACUGGCUACUCAGGAGAGGACUUUCCCUCCGCUGCACCUGAUGAUGUAGCUGUGGAGGUGAUGAACAGCUCACUGGUCAAGGUUAGCUGGAUGCGUGUACACAAGGACAAGCUACAUGGACAUCUGGGAGGCUACAGGAUAAACUGGUGGCGUCUGCGCAGCCUGGCCGAAUCAAAGAAAAGUCACGGAGAGAAACACACUCUGACGUUCCCUGGAGACCGAAACCACGCCACGAUACCAGGACUGACUCCUUUCUCCGAGUACAGCCUCAUUGUCAUGACCUUCAACGGACGGGGCAACGGCCCCGGCAGCCAUCCUGUCAACUUUAAAACCCCAGAGGGAGUCCCUGAGAAAAAUCCUGUUUUCAGGGUCACAGAUGUACAGAAGCACACUGUCUCUCUGGUCUGGGAUCCACCAUCUGAGCCUAAUGGGAUUCUCACCGGGUACCUCCUAGACUAUCAGUUCAUCAACGACACAGAGGAGGUGGGGCCCCAGCGGACUGUAGACAUCAGCAACCCCCGCACCACCAAGUGGAUCCUGCGCGACUUGGAGCCCCUAAGCAAAUACAAGUUCUCCCUGCGCUCUUGCACCACGGUGGGCUGUGGGCCUGUUGUCAGCGAAGAGAGCACAACCACCCUCGAAACAACUUCCACUUCGGCUUCCACUGUUGGCCUCAGCAAGUCAGCUUCCCCCACACCUCCAAGCACUCCAAAGUCCCCAGUGACCAAACCCACUCGUUCUUCCAUAGGUCUGGCCAGCAUCCACGGAGGAAUAUCCACCCAGGGCUGGUUUAUCGGCCUGAUGAGCGCCAUCGCUCUCCUCACGCUCAUUGUGUUGAUCGCCUGCUUUGUCAACAGAAAUAAAGGAGGGAAGUAUUCCGUAAAAGAGAAAGAAGACCUUCACCCGGACGUGGAGUCCCAGGGCAUGAAUGACGACACAUUUUGCGAGUUCAGUGACAACGACGAGAAGCCACUGAAGGGCAGCCAACACUCGCUGAGCAGGGAGAUCAAAGCGGGGGACAGCGGGGACAGUCUGGUGGACUACGGCGACGAGGACGCUCAGUUCAACGAGGACGGCUCUUUUAUCGGCGAGUACGCGGGCCGUAAGGAGAAGAGGGUGUCCGCUGAGAUCAAAGCCGCCGCUCAGACACCCGCGUGAGGAGCGGAACCGCCAUUCCAUCUUUUCCCCGGGACGCCGUUUUCAUUAAACCUGCUGGGACGAACAGAUGAUAGAGGAAGCAGAACAUUAUCCACACCAAGCACAAGUUUUGUGUCAAAUGUAAUGCGUCAUUGCCAACUGCACACUGCCAUUCUCAUUUUAUGAAGCUCUGUUUUGUCAAGUUGCAACAGAAUGACCAUUACUAAAUACUGUGUAUAUAUAGUGUAUAUUCUAUGUGCGGAGUGUCUUUUUUUAUAAUUAUUAUUACACAGAACAUUUAGAGGGCUUGGAUUUUUUUUCUCUUUCCAUUACUUCAACUACAGAACUGUUUGUACAAAUGUUACAAAAAUGUCACUCCCCAUUGUAAAUCAUUACACGCAGCUUUGCCUCUCAUGUCAUCUUGCGGCAGACCACAGACGAGUGGGGGUAUCUAGUUGGUAUUUUGCAACUUGGGAAAUAUUACUGACCUUUUAUAUUUGAAAUGGAUUCAUUAAAUAUGAAGUACAAUAUGUAAGAUGUGUAUAAAGGUUGCUUAUUAACUUAUUUUUUUUCCAGUUGUUUUCUACCUGACAAUUUAACAAGUAAAUUUACAUAUCAUUGUAUAUCAUCAACAUUGGUUGUUGAACCAUAAAUCUCCGGUGAUAUUAGAAGAAAAUAUAAUUUAGUUAUUAUGCCAUGUUUAUGAACAUUUAGAUCCAUCGGACUGUAAAAAAUCACCAAACCUAGACUGUACUUUGUAAGAGAUUUUCUAAAAUGUAAUCCAUCACAGGUCCCUGUGUUCCUGAUUAUACAUGAAUGAGAACUUAACGAUUUUUACAACACUGAAGUUGCCAAUAGCUGCUGUUUAAAAUUAUGACAUAAAUGAAGACUCUCAAAUUAACCCCAAGUUAAUAGGGUUACAAGUUGCAAGUUUUAUAGGAAUCCUUUGGCAUUUUAGGAAAUAAAGUUGGUUGCUUUCUUGCUGACAGCAAUUUAAGAUGAUUGAUACUACACCCAGAAGUCAGCUAGCUCAGUUUAGCAUAAAUACUGGUAACAGGGAAAUAGCUAGUGUGGCUCUGCCCUAAGGUAGCAAAAAUCACCCAACAAGCACCUCGCUGAUAAGAAAUUACUUCUUAUUUGUUUAAUGUUAAUUUAAUACAACCCCUGGAAACCAUCAUUUGUAAGUUUUUUUAUAUAGGUUAAAAAGAUGAGAUAAAAUAUGUAUCAGUGAGUUUUAAAUGUGCUGGCAGGUGGAUUUUGAAUUUCUGGACAAGGCCAGACUAGCUGUUCACAGCUAAUCUAAACCAAGCAGUUGACAUAUGUCUCUUCCUAUGUAACACACAGACUUAAGAGUUUUAUUAAUUUACAGAUAGCAAGCGCAAAAGCAUAUUUCAAUAGGAUAACAAUGUGAACUAUCCAUUUAAAGGGGAUACUGUGACUCUUUGUCUUUCUUCCAAAAGUCUGGAAGACUUGUGGAGAAACAUACUUACAAAAAAUUGCUAAAUUGUCCCCAGCAUGUCAGGCUCUGAAAAGCAGGAUCCUACAUUUCCCAUAAGGCAUUUUAAUACUCUUUUUUACCAGAAUGUCUAGUUCUUUCAAAAUUGAGGUCCCAGUUUGCAGAUCAGGUUUAAAGUAUUUGUGCACCAAGUCUGUAUAUCUCAUCUAAAAUUGUUUCAGGUUUAUACAACCUCAUAUUGUGUCACUUUUACACAUAGACUCUGAAACUUUGGUCUGUCAUUAAAUUUUUAGGAACAAGUUUGAAUGAGCUGGUUGCAAUCAAUUAGAUCACAGAAAUGAUUAUUUUCAAUAUGUGGUCUCAGUUCUGGUAGUGGAUCAAACUGGACCGAUGAAAACCUAAUAGAUUUACUCUAAAUAAAUUUGUACUAUCUAAAUCAAUAUACCCGUGGUGGCAACACAAAUACAGCAUCAGUGCUAUUUUUCAGAGUUGACUCAAGAGCCACAGAGAACAUUGUACUCUCAGGCUGAGUAUCUCUGCAUGUACUGACUUUAAUGUGUGAUUUGAGUUGUUUACCCCUUUAAGAAGAAAGUUUUGUCAUUUCUGCAAUGGAUUUUAGAUCCUGUGUAAUCAGAUUACUGAGAUCUGGUUGCAUGUUUGACACCCACCAACACCGCUGAUAAAACAAGCCUUACUCUGUUAAUACACAUUCAUUAUGUUAUUAGCACCAUGAACACAACAGUCGCAGUGUUUUGUAAAAAUUCAGCCAUUGCAUGAUAAGAAUGUUAAUUGGUGUUUUUGAUGUCAUUAAAUUGCUUUACUUUCCUAUGUGCUGGUUAUGGUCUGACUG